AAUAAUUGCUUUUAAUGUGCAGUGAAUAAUACACAUUCAUUGUAGAUUUAAAACAUACUUAAAGUAACAAAGAGAAAAAAAAUCAUUCAAGGUCCUGCAACUAUUAAUAUUACUAGUAAUAUUUUGAAGAACGACUUUUUUUCCCCCUAGGUACAUGUUUUCACAGAAUGGGUCCACGCUACACAGUUUUAUAACUUGUUUUUUUGCGUUUUUAUUUUAAAAUCGUAUAUUGAGUACGUGAAAACUUCUAGAGGUUAUGACACGUUUGUAGUAUCGAACGGGGUUAAAAAUCGCAAUCUGUGGUGUGGCAUGGGCACUCUGGUGGGAAGAGAACGCUCCCGGUGGGCAACAUCGACCACUCUCCGAUUCAGAGACGUCUCCGUUUGCCCUCGGCGACUGAAGCCUGGCGAGAGUGCAAGGCGUGGGAGUUAAGCGGAGGGCGAUCAGGGUGACGGCGAGCACGAGCUUCCCGCGCGGUCCGCUUUCCCCCCCGCCCAGCCCCACUGGCCCCAGCCCCGAGGUGAGCCGGAGCGAGAGGGCAGCUCGCGGUGCGCUGGGCCCGGGGCCCGGCUUCCGGCCCCCACCCCCGGGGCUGGCGCCACUCUCGGGCGGUGGGGAGAGAUAAAGCCGGGCAAGGUUCUGCAGAUCCAAAGCAGGGAGGCGCAGCUCCGAUACCAGCGCCUUUGCCAGGUCUCCAGGAGUGUUUGUUUCAACUGUUUAAACUGUUUCAAAGCACCCGAACCCCAGCGACCUUCGGCAAACAACUCUUAAUCCCGCGGGCGGGGAGAGACGGCUGCAUUCGCCGGAAGGGCAAAGUGAGAGCGGAGACCGGGGAGCUACGGGGGCCCUCCUCCCAGCACUCUGCCCGCCCGCAGCCGCCCCCUGGGACCCCCGCCCGCAACUCUUUCCAGCCCCAGGACGGCCAACUUCUUGCGUCAGCCCCGGCGAGGGUGGGGGAUUUUCGGAAGCCCUGCCCGCGCGGCCGGCUGGGGAAGGAAGGGCCCGGGCUCUUGCCCCGCCUUCGGGGGGCGGGAGGCGGAGCGGGGCGAGAGCCGGGUCGGCGACUCCGGCCAAGUCAGGGAGAAGCGAGUUCCUAGGAUCCCCAAAGAGCCGCCGCCGCCGCCACCACUACCGCCGUGUCCGCACCAAGCCUCGGCAGCCGGAACAGGGCAGCAGUCGGGGAGCCUCAAAGCACCGUCCCCAGCUCAGCAUGAUGGACUUGGAGCUGCCGCCGCCGGGACUGCCGUCCCAGCAGGACAUGGAUUUGAUUGACAUACUUUGGAGGCAAGAUAUAGAUCUCGGGGUAAGUCGAGAAGUUUUUGACUUCAGUCAACGACAGAAGGAGCAUGAGCUGGAAAAACAGAAAAAGCUUGAAAAGGAAAGACAAGAACAACUCCAAAAGGAGCAAGAGAAAGCCUUUUUUGCUCAGUUACAACUAGAUGAAGAGACUGGUGAAUUCCUCCCCAUUCAGCCAGCACAACACAUACCAUCAGAAACCAGUGGGUCUGCCAACUACUCCCAGGUAGCCCACAUUCCCAAAGCAGAUGAUUUGUACUUCGAUGACUGCAUGCAGCUUUUGGCAGAGACAUUCCCGUUUGUAGAUGACAAUGAGGUUUCUUCGGCUACGUUUCAAUCACUUGUUCCUGAUAUUCCCAGCCACACCGAGAGCCCAGUCUUCACUGCUCCUCAUCAGGCUCAGUCACCUGAAACUCUUGUCGUUCAGGUCGCCACUGCAGAUUUAGACGAUAUGCAGCAGGAGAUUGAGCAAGUUUGGGAGGAACUGUUAUCCAUUCCAGAAUUACAGUGUCUUAAUAUUCAAAAUGACAAGCUGGCUGAGACUAGUGCAGUUCCAAGUCCAGAAACCAAACUGACAGAAAUUGACAAUUACCAUUUCUAUUCAUCAAUGCCCUCACUGGAUAAAGAAGUAGGUAACUGCAGCCCACAUUUUCUCAACGCUUUUGAGGAUUCCUUCAGCAGCAUCCUCUCCACUGAAGACUCCAGCCAGGUGACAGUGAACUCAUUAAAUUCAAGUGCCACAGUAAAUACAGAUUUUGGUGAUGAAUUUUAUUCUGCUUUUGUAGCAGAGCCCAGUACCAGCAAUGGCAUGCCCUCCUCUGCUACUUUAAGCCAGUCACUCUCUGAACUUCUAAACGGGCCCAUUGAUCUCUCUGAUCUAUCACUGUGUAAAGCCUUCAAUCAAAACCACCCUGAAAGCACAACAGCAGAAUUCAAUGAUUCUGACUCUGGCAUUUCACUGAACACAAGUCCAAGCAUGGCAUCACCAGACCACUCAGUGGGAUCUUCUAUCUAUGGAGACACACUGCUUGGCUUCAGUGAUUCUGAAAUGGAAGAGACAGACAGUGCCCCUGGAAAUGUCAAACAGAAGGGUCCCAAAACACAGUCAGUGUGGCCUUCUGGGGACCCAGUCCAACCUUUGUCAUCAUCACAGGGGAAGAGCGCUCCAGCACCUGAUUCCCAGUGUGCAAACGCACCAAAGAAAGAAGUGCCUGUAAGUCUUGGUCAUCGAAAAACCCCAUUCACAAAAGACAAACAUUCAAGCCGCCUGGAGGCUCACCUCACAAGAGAUGAGCUACGGGCAAAAGCUCUCCAUAUCCCAUUCCCUGUAGAAAAGAUCAUUAAUCUCCCAGUUGAGGACUUCAAUGAAAUGAUGUCCAAGGAGCAAUUCAAUGAGGCUCAACUUGCAUUAAUUAGAGAUAUACGUAGGAGGGGUAAGAAUAAAGUGGCUGCUCAGAAUUGCAGAAAAAGAAAACUGGAAAAUAUAGUGGAACUGGAGCAAGAUUUAGAUCAUUUAAAAGAUGAAAAAGAAAAAUUGCUCAAAGAGAGAGGAGAAAAUGACAAAAGCCUCCAUCUAUUGAAAAAACAACUCAGCACCUUGUAUCUUGAAGUCUUCAGCAUGCUACGUGAUGAAGAUGGAAAGCCUUACUCUCCAAGUGAAUACUCCUUGCAGCAAACAAGAGAUGGCAAUGUAUUCCUUGUUCCCAAAAGCAAGAGGCCAGAUAUUAAGAAAAACUAGAUUUUGACCUUUUCUGAUCUAGUGAUUUUGGGUUUUUUUGUACUGUUAUACUAAAAAAGCUCCUACUGUGAUGUGAAAUGCAGAAAUGUACUUUAUAAGUAAUUCUAUGCAAAAUUAUACUCAACUAGUGUAGAAAAUAUAAAACUUUUAAGAAGCAUUAAAAUAAGUUAUCAGUAUGCUGAAUCAGUAGUUUCACUUUAACUUUGUAAACUUAAAAAAAAUUUCUUAGAACACGAUUUGGGCUAGUUUCUAUAUACUGUAAAUACUACAAAAACUCCUUAUUUAUACUGUUCUUAUCUCAUUUGUUACCUUCAUAGAUUUAUAUGAUACAUCUGGCUAAAAAGCAAAUUGUUGCAAAACUAACCACUAUGUACUUUUUUUUUUAUAAAUACCAUAUGAACAAAAAAAAAAUGGCAUUUUUUUUUAUAUUAAAUUGUUUAGCUCUGGCAAAAGACAAUUUAAUUGAAAAACUGGUACUAAUAAAGGAAUAUCAGGACCGUU